UGCAGGCAUGAAGAGUGCGAGGGGACAUUCCUGAAAAAAAUCUGCCGAAAACACAUAUCUGGAUCAGAAUGGCAACGCUUAACAGUACUGGAAUACUGGAUACUGGAACUAAUGAUAGUCAAGUCUACCGUUGUACUUUAAAAGAACAAUUCAAGUACAUUCUCCUCCCGGUGAGUUAUACUUUGGUGUUUGUGUUCGGUCUGGGGUUGAACAUCAUGGCCAUGUACAUCAUCCUGUUUCGCACCAAAUUCUGGAAGCCCAGCACCAUCUACAUGAUCAACCUCAAUGUCUGUGACACACUUUACAUCCUUACCCUGCCGUUCCUCAUCUACUACUAUGCUGGUAAGAACGACUGGCCGUUCGGUGAGCACAUGUGUAAGCUGAUUCGCUUUCUCUUCUACACAAACCUCUACGGAAGCAUCCUCUUCCUCAGCUGCAUCAGUCUGCACCGGUUUUUAGGCGUCUGCCACCCAAUGCGCUCUUUGUACUGGAUGGACGGCCGGCGUGCUCGUUUGGUUUCAGUGGGAAUAUGGGUAAUCAUUCUCAUCUUACAGGCCCCGAUUCUUUAUUUCUCCCGGAUGAGACUUAAUGGUAAUGAUCUGGUCUGUCAUGAUACCACCAUCAAGGAGCUCUUCAAUGACUUUCUGGUCUACAGCUCGGUGGUGAUGUUUCUGCUUUUUAUCAUACCGUUUGGGGUGGUGCUGGUCUGCAGCGGCCUGAUGGUGAAGAAACUUCUUGAUCCCGGUGUUCUCAGAGAACCAAUGUCACAGCGCUCCAAACGGAAGUCGGUGAAGAUGAUUAUUAUUGUGCUCCUGGCUUUCAUGUUGUGCUUCUUGCCUUUCCACUUGAACCGCAGUAUAUACUACACCUUCCGUUACCUGGACAAACACGACUGCGACAUAAUACGACUCUCCAACGAUGCCUACAAGGUCACGCGACCUCUGGUCAGUCUCAACAGCUGCAUCGACCCCAUCCUCUACUUCAUGGCAGGACAGCGCUUCAGAAACAGCAUCAACAAGAAAUCAAGAAUAUAG